CCGGAAUCGAAUGUGGGACCUUUCAGUCUGCAGGCCGACGCUCUACCCACUGAGCAACUGGUUAGGGUGGGCAGGAAACUUUUGUCUUCAGUGGGUUUGGGUGCUAAGGUGAGCUUGGAAUGUGGAUGGAAUGUAGGUGUGUGACCAGGUAUCUUCAGGACAGUUUCAAUUCCUUAUAUGGACUGACUCUUGGUGUCCAGCAAGCUUUUCUUGGUCUUUUGUUCUCCUGUGGCAGGAAGCUUACACUAAGGAUUGCAUUGUCCAGCAGUCCUAACAGAAACUACAUGAUGAAGGGGUCAUGUUUCUCCCCUGAGGGCUUUGUUAUUCUCUCUUACCUGCAGCCAUAUACAGUACCCCUGAGUGCCCAGUUCAUUUCUGUGUCUCCCUGUCCACCAAGCACAAUCCUUUAUUCUCCACACCAAUACCAUUAAACACUUAUCCAAUUGUACUGCAUUUAAUUGGUCACUUGUCAUUCAUAGGAAGUAAAUGUGGGUGAGAAAACUGAGCUCUAGGGUGCUAGUGACACGCCCUGCCCCUAGAAGGACUUUGUUUUAGAUCUUGCUAAACAUAUUUCCCAACUGAACCCAGUGUGAUAGCUCUUUUGGAAACUUUGAACUAAGUGUUUUUUCUUUCCGGGAAUAAUAGGUCGCCUACAACAAGCUCUGGGAAAGAGGAACAAGCGAGAUUUAGCCACUGGCAGAACAAAAUAUCAUGAAUUUGAUGACUUCAGCAGGCUCCACAGCCAAUUCUGUGAUUACGAUGGCACCCCACCACGGGUAUCCUGUGAACCCCGGAAACAUGUCUCAGGUGCCCCAAUAUCCACUCAACCAACCCCAAGUCCACCAAAUUCCUGGGAACCCACCUGGUUUGGAGCCGCCUGUGUCUAUGCAACCUGCCCAGAGAUCCUUAAAAGAGGGCAAAGUUUUAGGGUUCAUCAUUUCAGGAUCCCUCUCAGUGGCAUCAGAACAGCAACCAAGAUCUUCUUGCCUGCUGAAAGGUAGCUUGGGCAUGAGUAUCGUCAGUGCAAUCUUCUCUAUGGUUGGAAUCAUGCUCCUCAUCACAGAUAUGGUUAUCAACUCCAAAUGUCGGAGCACGAGCGCCUCUGAUUGCAGUGCAGUGGCCUCUGGAGUAGCUUCUUCUGCCGUGAUGUUCAUCUUUAGCCUCCUGGAAUUCUGCAUUGCCUGCACAUCUUCCCAUUUUGACUGCAAACUGCUCAGCUAUUUAGAUAACAACAGAACUGUGGUCUAUCAAACCUUCUAUGUGACAAACCCAGUGGCCAAUCCAGAACCAGUGAACGCUCCACCAUCUUAUUCCAGUGAGAUCCAGGACUCCAAAUAAGCCAAAGGUUCUAGAAGCAUCUUUCACUGGAACCAAAAGAACUCCCUUUCUGGGCUUCUGAAACUCAGCUUCUUCCCCCCUGACAAACUAAGGAAAAUGUCUUUCCAGCUGUUGGCACCCUGUACUUCAUUCACUUCAGCUUGGUUAUUCAUGCUGUUCUGCCAUUUAAAAGGAGGCAGGACUUUAAAGUGGAUUUGAGCAAGAGGUCCUCCCUAGGACAUCCACCUGUGGCACAUCCAGUGCACAUAUUCAUGUGCUUACCUGUGUGAGCUUAUGAGCUAGUGAAACAAAUGUCUAGACAACCCCAGCUUCAUUCUCCCAAUCAUUCACUCACUGAAUAAAAGUGCACUGAGCA